AUGCUGCGCUUGUCGAGUUCUCAUCUUGUGCUGGCUCUGGGGCUGGUCUUGAAAUCCCAGCAAUCAGCCUGGGCCUACACAGUGCCCAUCAGGGACACGGACGAUUUGAAAGAGGUAUGUUCAGGAAUGUGGGGAGGUCAAACGGCACAAAUCAAUGUCGAAUUCAAUCCCGCUUCGUCUGGACAAGUCGCUCUGGUCAUAUACGAAUGGAGUGAUGUGCCUUAUCUCGGAGUAGAGACCCCGGAUGUUAAUGGAGAUAGCAUGUAUCGUCCGAAAACAUACAUUUGCACAGAUUCAGCCAUGCGACAAGGCUUGUGUACCUCUGCUCAAUCAGGUGCCUUUAUCACUUCCCUUCCCGAGGGCAAAACCCUCGAAUCUACAUCCAUCUUCACUCAGGCUCUGCGAUUCGGCUCGGCCCCGAACGGGGGAGGCUACAACAAUGAUAUCGAGCAGCCGCCCAUGGAACAGACCCCGAGUUGGGGUCAGAACCAGGACCAAGGUCAGAACGAGGAGGACCAGGGUCAAAACUACGAUGGACAAGAUCAGGGACAAACACAAGGUGAAACGCAGGGUCAGAGCGAGGUUCAAGGUGGAGAUCAGGACAAUGGAUCUGACGGCUCUUUCGAUCAACAACCUGGGACCAAUGAUCAAGGUACCACCAACCCAUGGAGCCAAUCCCCUCCUUCAGAGAACAAUCAAGGCUGGGACGGACAGGCCAACCAACCUGCCGACAGGCCAUCAUGGGAGACUGAGGGAACUACGCAUAACGACGCUGGCUACAUUCGACCUCCUUCUACCCCAGAACCAUCUCUCGAAUCUGACCCGACCGACGAGGCACCAGUUAGCGAGAAUCCUCCAGCCGACAACGAGGACGCUGACGAUGACGAUGAAGAUGAAGAUGAUGCUUCGGGCAAGGAGGAGACUUCUUCAGGCUGGGGAUGGGGAUGGUGGGGUGGUAAUCGGAAACGUCAACUGGAUCUCAUCGACAACUUCGGCACUGCGAUUCAGGAUAUGACUGGAUCGCUGGAACAGGUCGACGCUCCACAGGCUGCUGUACAGGACCAACCUCAAGGCAAUGAUGGUCAAGAUGGUGAUUGGACAGACGUCUUGGCCAACUCGGCCCAAAAUGACGGAGUCGGUCGUCAAGGUAACGAAUGGGACAAUGUAGGGGACGUGCCUCCCACCUCGGAUCAGAGCGACCAGGACAACAAUGGGUGGAGCAAUCCAGUGCCAACAAUGGAUGAGCCUUUUCAGAAUCAGCAGCCGGGAGAGAGCGAUGAACAGGAGGAUGUUAGUCCUGGCUCGAGCGAGCAAGCUGCAUAUUACACCGGGACAAUCGAGUAUCCAGUCCGAAAGACGGGAUACUAUUGUGUCGGCGUCGUGCCGGUCACUUUGCUCAACUCGCGUGACAUCAGCUCUCGACAGGACGCUACACAUGCAGAGUACAGCGGUCUUGUCACUUUCCAGAACACUUUUGAAGGUCAAUUACCGGCUGUGGAGUAUCCCAAGAUCAAUUUUUAUCUCCUCCUGAGCGUCGUCUAUGCCGCUCUAGGUCUGGGAUGGGCUUUCCUCUGCAUCAAGCACCGGAACGAGCUUCUCCCCAUGCAGUACUACAUCUCCGGGAUGAUCGUCUUUCUCAUCAUCGAGAUGGUGGCCAAUUAUGGCUAUUACCGAUACAUCAACAAGCAUGGCGGUGGCGCCAGCUCGCUCGCAUUCCUAUUCGUCGUUUCUAUCCUGAACGCCGCUCGGAACUCGCUGAGCUUUUUCCUCUUGCUCAUCGUGAGCAUGGGUUUGAGCGUCAUAACCCAAAGUUUGGGAAGCGUCAUGGGCAAGAUUCGCAUGUUGACCGGAUUCCACUUUGUCUUUGGCGUGCUCUACUCUGUCGGAACGGUUGAAGUUGAACUGGACCGCGCCUCCCUCGUCAUCAUCAUGAUCCUCAUUUUCCCUUUGGCUCUUACACUCACCGCGUUCCUCAUGUGGAUCAUCGUCAGCUUGAACGGCACUAUCCUCCUCCUCAAAGCGCAGAAGCAACGACACAAGCUUCAGAAGUUCCAGCGACUCUGGCGAAUUCUGAUCAUCGCGGUGAUCGUAGUCGCUGGCUUCUUUGUCAUCUCUUCAAUGAGUCUGUCCAACAGAUUGGAAGAGGACUACGCUCCGAAGAAUUGGCGAUGGCGGUGGAUCCUCCUCGAUGGCAGUCUGGCUACUAUUUAUCUUUGCGUCUUUUCUGCUAUCGCCUGGCUCUGGCGUCCGACCCGUGACAAUGUCCGCUUUUCCAUGUCACAAGAGCUUGCGCAGGACGAAGCGGAGGCCGAUGCGGAAGACUACGAGUUCCACGAGAUGGAGAAUGGUCGUGAGGGUCAGCAUCAACCUUUGAACCAGGAAGACGAUUUUGAUGGUGAUUUGGACGAAGAUGCGAGAUCUUUGAAGAGUGCAAAGGUCCGAGCCAUGGGUCACAAGGGAGGCGUCGGAGAUGAGAAUGUCGUAUUUGCGAUGGGAGACGACAGUGACGAGGAUGACUUUGGAUCACCAAAAGCCGGCGGAGGAGGAGGUGGUAGGGGUAGUCCCCCUGAAUACAGGGACGAGGAUAGUCCACGGAGAGAGGUCAAGGGUGUGAAGAAUGAUUGA